AGAGAGUUUGCCAUAACACUACGAAGAUCACCACGACAAUUUCACUCCUGAAGAAGCAGACGAUAUUUCACGAUGAAGAUGUCCAUGAUUGUUCUACUCCUGGUCGGAGUCUCCGCCACUUUCGCCAUGCCAACCAGUACUGCUAGUCCUAAGCCGUCCAUGAAGGAUGCCGUCCGAAUGUUACUUGAGUCGAGCGAGCUCCUACAGAACUGGGGCAACACUGUCCUCGACGCCUCAAAGACUGGCCUCAAUGCUGCCAAUGUCCAGAAUCUCAUGUCAUCAGGAGCGAAUGCCCGGCAGAGAUUCCAGGAGAGUAUCGAGAAAGCCAGUGAGAUGAUGAAGAAGAACGGGCAAGAGGGAGCUCCUGCUUCUAUCUACAAGGACAUGGCUGAAGGUGCCGUCGAGAUGUUAAAGGAAGAGGCCAGGUUGGAAGUGUUUACUGAGGACGACAAGCUCGCACUGAUCGCUGGCGACAAACUUGCCGCCGAUACCAUGCGCCUGCGCAUCAACAUGCAUCUGUUCACCCGCAGCAUGGAGGUCUUGGACGGCACCGUCUCUGAACUUGAAAGUCUCCUCGCUGACGAUGUCACCGAUUCCGAUAUCGUGCAAGUGCUCCCAGAGCUGGUGGAAGAAAUCGGCAGCGAGGGAACUGCCCUGAGCAUUGUGUUCAAGGCGAUUGAGGAGAGUUUUGAAGAUGCUACCUACAUGUUGGAACCACUGAUCGAAGAGGAGACGAAAGAGGGUGAGAAGGAAGAAGAGAAGCAAGAUACGCCCAGCCGCCAACGUCGUAGCCCACGGGGAUCAUUAGGCAGGUCAACUUUCGGCAGUCGCGGAGGCUCUUUCGGAAGUCGUCGAGGCUCUUUCGGACGUAGCUCUUCCCGAGGAAUCGGCCGAUCCGGUAGCCGAUCAGGCAGCGGCUUUAGCCGGGACCUCGGUCGUGGAUGGAGCGUGGGUACAGGCGGUCUCAGCUGGUCAAACAGGCGCGGGAAUGUUCACUUCAACGCCAAGCCAACAUUCGGUGGCGGCGGAGUCGGCGCUCAUGCUGGAAUCAGAAUUGAUUUCUAAGAAGGAUGGACGAUCUGCCUUCACUGCCAGUGGUGAAUUAAGUUCACAGUGAUUUUGGACACAUUCCUAAACAUGAUAGUUUUUCAGACGUUUCAGGCAUCGUAUUACUGACUCAUUCUAUUUCCGAGACAUCUCGUAUGAACGUGGCACUGUGAUCGUAAAGAGAUAAAGACCCAUCUCUUCAUAAGAUUUUCAGGCGGUAUAAUCUUCACAGGGCCUUUGCCAAUUGGCAAUGCAGCAUUAAAUAAAAAAAGAUACACACCAUGUAAAACGCCUAUGUGGAAAUGGGUCUUUAUGCAACAAGUGUAAUGGCUUUUACCAUUUAGUCUGAUGGUAUAAAAAUAUCGUAUGUUACUCAUUUGGUUGCAAUUUUACUUCCGUUUUGUAUGUAAAUUUAUGCAAACUAUUGUGUAUGUAGUUUUAUAUCGUACAUUUUUAUUUUGUAAAUGCAUAUUCAUAAGCCCAUGAAUGCAAACUGUGAAAUAAAUAGAUAAUAAUUUGUAC